UCGUCGCCGUCAGCCCCGCCAGUGCCACCCCCACCGCCCGAGGGCCGCGCGGGCUCAUGCAGCCCCCAAGGGAGAGGCUAGUGGUAACAGGCCGAGCUGGAUGGAUGGGUAUGGGGAGAGGGGCAGGACGUUCAGCCCUGGGAUUCUGGCCGACCCUCGCCUUCCUUCUCUGCAGCUUCCCUUCAGCCACCGUGCCGUGCAAGAUCCUCAAGUGCAACUCUGAUUUUUGGAGUGCCACGUCGGGUAGUCACUCGGAGGACGCCCCUGAGUUCUGCACCGCCCUGCGUGCCUACGCCUACUGCACAAGGCGCACGGCCCGUACCUGCCGGGGAGACCUGGCCUACCACUCAGCUGUCCAUGGCAUAGAAGACCUCAUGAGCCAACACAACUGCUCCAAGGAUGGCCCCACCUCGCAGCCACGCCUGCGCACGCUCCCGCCGGCUGGGGAUAGCCAGGAGCGGUCCGACAGCCCCGAGAUCUGCCACUAUGAGAAGAGCUUUCACAAGCACUUGGCCGCCCCCAAUUACACGCACUGUGGCCUCUUCGGAGACCCGCACCUCAGGACUUUCACAGACCGCUUCCAGACCUGCAAGGUGCAGGGCGCCUGGCCCCUCAUUGACAACAAUUACCUGAAUGUGCAGGUCACCAACACACCCGUGCUACCAGGCUCUGCCGCCACCGCCACCAGCAAGCUCACCAUCAUCUUCAAGAACUUCCAGGAGUGUGUGGACCAGAAGGUGUACCAGGCCGAGAUGGACGAGCUCCCAGCUGCUUUUGCCGACGGCUCCAAGAACGGUGGGGACAAGCAUGGAGCUAACAGCCUGAGGAUCACGGAGAAGGUGUCAGGCCAGCAUGUGGAGAUUCAGGCUAAAUACAUCGGUACCACCAUCGUGGUGCGCCAGGUGGGCCGCUACCUAACCUUCGCCAUCCGCAUGCCUGAGGAGGUGGUCACUGCCGUGGAGGACCGGGACAGCCAGGGCCUCUACCUCUGCCUGCGGGGCUGCCCCCUCAACCAGCAGAUUGACUUUCAGGCCAUUCAGGCCGCUGCCACCGAGGGCCAUGGGGCCCGCAGGCCCGCAGCCUCCAGCCCCGCACCCCUGGCCCCGGAGACCUUCCCCUACGAGACGGCGGUGGCCAAGUGCAAGGAGAAGCUACCAGUGGAGGAUCUCUAUUACCAGGCGUGCGUGUUCGACCUGCUCACCACGGGCGACGUGAACUUCACGCUGGCUGCCUACUACGCCUUGGAAGACGUUAAGAUGCUGCACUCCAACAAAGACAGACUCCAUCUGUAUGGAAGGACUCGGGAGCUGCCAGGCCAGGCGGCCGCUGCAUCACUGACCCUGGCCCCCCAGCCCCUCCUCAGUGCCCUCCUCUUUGCCCUGCCCACCGUGUUCUUGUAGGAUGUGCAGG